AUGAGGGGAUUGAUCAUUUUAUUCGUCGCGAUUGCAAGCUGUAAGGCUGGUUUCCUCGGUUCACCCUCUUUCGGUGAGCCUCCGGUGCAAUUCCAGCGCGCACCGCAGAAAAUUCCGCUAGCUCCACCCGCCCCGGUUGGGCAAGAUGGAAACGUGAUUGACACACCGGAAGUGGCACAGGCGAAGGCCGCACACUUCGCGGAAUUCGCGAGAGCAGCGGCCAGAGCGGCUGAAGAGAGCAAAAAUCAGCCCCAAUCGCCUGAAUACAACCAGCUACCGGUUCAGUCUUACAAUUUCCCCUCUGCGCAACCCACGUCUGCCACAUACAUCAGGCAACCUAAUUACCAACCCUCUGCGCCGGUGUACCAUCAACCCGCUCCAGUUCCAGCGGCCGCUUACAAUCAACCGAAUCCGGCCUCGUAUCAGCCGCAGUACACCGGAAACACGAAUCUCAUUAGCCAGCAAAGUUACGCGGCGUCGGUGAAACCAACCCCUUUCGUGCCAGCUCCUCUCGCUGAGGAUGGAACGGUAAUCGAUACACCGGAAGUGGCUGCUCUAAAGGCCGCCAGGCUGGCGGAGCUGGCCGAGGCCGAAGCCAGGGCGUACAAGUUCGCGCAAGAAUUCAAACCGGAAGUCCAAGGCCAAGUCUAUGGUAGCCCACAAGCCGCUUCAGCCCCAUACAACCCUGGUCAAUACAACGCACCCGUGGCGCAAGUGUUUCCAGGAGCAGCUCCGUCGUAUCCUGCACCUCACCCAUCAUUUGCCAAGCCUGCCUUCCAACCCCAGAACUACCAGUCGCAGCAAUUAGUCGGAGCUUACUAAAUUCGGAUAAUUCACCACGCAUCUGUACAUAAUC